ACCAUAUAUAUAUUUCGAGGUUCUCUUCUGAUCCAGCUCUGCAAAAAAUCCACAGAUGCUAUAACUCGUCCAGAAUGCGAUGCGAAUUUUGGAACUGUAGAUUUUAACUUGAAUAUAUCAUAGUGAAUCGCAUUUCAUUUACGCGAUUCGUGUGCAUCUUCAUGGAUAUGGAAAUACUGGAGAAAAGUCUGAAGCUUUAAAAGAGGACGGUUGGGAGAAAUUUAAUAGCUAUGGCAAACUUUCUUGUGAGGAUUGUUUUUACAAUCAGUGUUCUCGUGUAUUCAACAAAAUCGGAACAGAGUCAUUGUGGUCACAAACCACUGUUACUAACACCGAAAAAUAGGAUCCAUGUUCAGAGACCAAAGACAACCCAGUCACGGAUACUGACACCUGACCAGAGAAUGAAGACACACGUGGAAUAUGACCAAUCAGUGUUAGAUCUUGAUGUCGCUUCUGAUAUUCAGGAUGCUGUAGCCGAGGUGGUAGAGCGCAUAUCAAAAACACUCUCUGUCAAACAGGAUCCGGGUUUCUUUUUAUUUCCAAAAGACUGUGAAGAUCCCAUGAGUGCUACGAUAAUUGAUGGUCAGGUAUACUGUACCGUAGGAUCCUGUUACGCGCCUGUAUGUGGAGAAAUAAUAGUACCAGAAAGCUUGUCAGAGCCUUGUUAUGACUGCUACGAUGACGGAACCAACUGCUUGGGAUUUGGAGGUAGGGAUAUAACGGAAUUGACUGAAAUGGUGCAUUUCACGCUCUUCGUUGGCUCUAUCAAUACGUCAUGUGACUCGGGAACUAUCGCUUACGCUUCGGCAUGUUACCUCGAUGACGUAUCAGACAGACCGAUUGCAGGUUUCAUGAACAUCUGCCCUCUUGGUCUUCAGCUGGUAAGAGAACGUCUCUUGUCUGUGAUCCAACAUGAGAUCUUCCAUGCGCUGGGUUUUUCUCACGGGCUUUAUGCGUUCUUUCGUGACAAAGAUGGAGAGCCUCUGACACCAAGAGAAAGUAAUGGACUGCCACCUUUUAACUCAGAUACUGGUGUAUAUCAGUGGAGUGAUCAAGUGAUCAAGGAAUUAAGUAUAAGUUGGGAGUCACCGGGAGGAACAGCACAACGUGCGGUCCAAGCGCUUGUAACACCAAAUAUUGUGAGAGAAGCUAGAGCUCACUUUGGGUGCCCGACUCUCGCCGGGCUUGAGAUAGAAGAUGGAGGUGGAGCCGGUACAGCACUCUCACACUUUGAGAAAAGAAUACUCGCGACAGAAUCAAUGAAUGGGUAUCUAGCACCAGUAAGCGCGUUCUCACGUAUGACCCUUGCUCUUCUUGAAGACACUGGAUGGUACAUACCGGACUAUGAUCAGGCUGAUAGGUUGAACUGGGGGAAAGAUCUCGGCUGCGACUUCGUCCAAAAGAGUUGCCACAACUGGAUUAACACCAAACAGAAUGCAGGCCAGAGUUUACUUCCCUGGUGUACUGAGAUAGGUGAAACCGCCUGCCAUGCUGAGGGAGUUGAUGUGGCUGUAUGUGGGUUCUACGAGUACGACCAGCCAAUCCCCACCGUCUUUCAGAUUUUUGGGACAACUAUUGGAGGAACUGACCUUGCUGACUACUGUCCAUACCACCAAGUGAAUAGUUUCGCGCCAAGAAAUCAAACAGCCAAUGACCUAUACUGCACUAAUAAGGAAAUUGUCAACGAUUGCCGAGUUAAUGACUGCAUGAAUGGGGGAGUAUGUCGUGACGUAAUCGAUGGCUACUACUGCGAUUGCCCUGUUGGAUAUGCAGGCGCUGUCUGUGAUCAUGAGAACGUCGAUUGUACCCUUGGCGCAGACUGUGAAGUCAACGAAGUUUGCUCAGAACGAAAUGAAUGCGAGUGCGAACGAGGUCGGACGAGACAAAACGAUGUAUGCAUUGGGGUCUCAGAGGUUAAGGAAUACUCAAUGACCCUCGUCGUAUCUGAGGUAAAUGGAGAACCAGCUGUGUACGACCCUUCACUUCUGGGACCCGAAGGGGAACAGUUUAGACAUUCGAUAGAGUAUGAGAUUCGUCAGAUUAUAGGGAAUGAUGCUUCUCUUCGCGUGGCACUGGUAGAGGUGGUAGCCAGGAACAUAUCCAGCGGAAGCAUUGUGGUGGAUAUUGCAAUGAUAUUUCGGGAGAACGCAUCAGAUAACUCUACCAAUAUUAGCCUGGCUUCAGUAGUGGCGGCUACUACCACUGAUCAGAAUAUCCUACAAGAAAGUGGCACUGCUUUUACAAUCAUGUGGAAUGCAUCGGUUGUUCAAGAUGCAAACGAAUGUGAGGAUGGAGCUGGUAACGACUGUUCUCAGUCCGCCCGGUGUACAAACACGGAUGGAAGCUAUGAAUGUGCAUGUCUUCAAGGGUACGAAGAUACCGGACAAUCGGGUGUUCUUCCAGGAAGAAAUUGUACAGAAAUAAACGAGUGCGACACAAACCCAUGUCUUCACGGUGCGACUUGCACGGAUAAAAUCAAUGGAUAUAACUGUACCUGUGCUGCUGGAUAUACGGGAAAUAGAUGUGAAACAGAAAUGAACGAGUGCGACACAAACCCAUGUCUUCACGGUGCGACUUGUACGGAUGAAAUCAAUGGAUAUAACUGUACCUGUGCUGCUGGAUAUACGGGAAAUGAAUGUGAAACAGACAUUGACGAGUGCAACGUGAAUCCUUGUCUUAAUGGUGCGACUUGUACGGAUGAAAUCAACGCAUAUAACUGCACUUGUGCUGCUGGAUAUACGGGAAAUGAAUGUGAAACAGAUGUUGACGAGUGUAACGUGAAUCCUUGUCUUAAUGGUGCGACUUGUACGGAUGAAAUCAAUGGUUAUAACUGCACUUGUGCUGGUGGAUAUACGGGAAAUGAAUGUGAAACGGAAAUAGACGAAUGUUACGUGAAUCCUUGUCUUAACGGUGCGACUUGUACGGAUGAAAUCAAUGGAUAUAACUGUACUUGCAUUGCUGGAUAUACGGGAAAUCAAUGUGAAACAGAUAUUAAUGAGUGUAACACAAAUCCUUGUCUUAAUGGUGCGACUUGUAUGGAUGAAAUCAAUGGAUAUAACUGUACUUGUGUUGCUGGAUAUACGGGAAAUGAAUGUGAAACAGAUGUAGACGAAUGCCUUUCAUCGCCAUGCCAAAAUGAUGCCACGUGUAGUAGUCUGGCCACAAAUGUUCUAUGUGAAUGCCCAGAAGGGUAUUCUGGAGACCAGUGUCAGAUCGAACCCGUGACCUGUUUAGGUGCCAACAGCUGCGGAGAACUCGAGAUUUGUAACACAGAAGGAAUGUGUGAAUGUGGUCCCAAUUAUAUAGAGAAUAGCAAUGGACAGUGUGAAGUUGCGUAUGUAUAUACGGUAUCUAUGACCAUCACAUCAUUCAACGGCCAGUCAAUAUCAUUUACUAUUGCCCUUACUGAUGUGACGAGUGACGAGUACCUUAGACUAGCAGCCAUAUUGAGACGAUUGCUUUUGCUGCAAGUACGUUUGCUUCGACGACUCGCCCGUAUCAUUUUCCGAAACGGAAGUGUCAUCGCCUCCUUCGAAGCCGGGACCGCCGAACCGAUGUCAGCAAACGAUCUCCAACAGAUGAUCAUAUCCGAUCUGGGCAGCGGCAAUAUUACUUCCGGUGGGAGCUCAAUAGGUGUUGACCCGGAUACCCUGGUUGCAACAGAUUUCAACGAAUGUUUAGUAGCAUCCGACAACGACUGCUCGCCCAAUGCCGACUGUUCAAAUAUGGAAGGGUCUUUUGUCUGCAGUUGUCGUGAGGGCUUCACGGACAACUCUCCUGACACAGGAAGACCUGGCCGGGUAUGCACCGUAGGUGGCCUUUCGAAGGGUGCCAUCAUCAGCCUUUCUCUCGGCCUGGGUAUGGUGUUUAUCUUUACCCUCCUUACGUGUACGGCAUGCUUAUUCAUGCAGUCCAAAGCAAACGCCUUUUAUAACGAAUAUUACAAACGACCCAUCGGUCGUAAACCCCGCCACCCUCCCCUCCGAACCAGAGAUAGAUCUCGAAACUUCAGGUCCGACAUGGACCAGAACUUUGACAAUGGAAUAUACGGUGCUCCCCGCUCUCCUGGACUGACAGCCCUGCACGGGGACCGCACGAAAAACUGGUACUUGCGCGAUGGAAGGGGACUGAUGGAUUCUCCUUUCGCAUCGAGAGGACCCAACUAUUACACUUCGCCAACAAGAGGUCAUUUUGCCCGCCCUUCUCGGAAUCGACAGCCGCCAAGAUACUCUGCUCAUUCUGGCAAUCAGGCUUCUUGGACAGACUACGAAGACCCUUUACCUCCGUAUUCAAGACGUGAAGGUCCCGAGGAGGAUAAUGAAUUCCAUCGUCCAAAUUAUGCUUCUGGAAAUGUAUUUUACUGAAAUGGUUAAAGAUGACAUCUCUUUAAACAAAUAUAUCUCAUUUUGGAAGCGAAUGAUCUAUAAUUUAUUUAAUUAAUGAAUUAUGAUAAUUGUAGGUUUAGAGGUUAGCUUAGAAGCAGGAUUGCUUCAAAUUAGCUUUUUAGUCUAGUUUUAUAUUUUGCCAAAGCUUUGUUCUCAUAUGAUAGCAAAAUUGUGACGCAGUAAAAAAAUGUCUCUUUUAUUUUUUUACUUUAUUUUUUACUACUUUCUUUUCUAUAUCGCGCUUGCUCUUUCAAUUUUAUUCAAAGCUGCUACCUGUUUAGAUAAUACUACCAAUUUCCGUAUCCGGUUUGUAUGAUGCCGUAUUUGGACAUUAAAGACCCCUAGCUAUUGAGCUCAAACUAAAAUCAAGAUAACUCGUGCAUUUAUAUCUUUUGAACAUUUCAUGUAAGUACUACAUAAGUCUAUCAGUUAACAUACCAUUGAAGGGCUCAAGUGAUCUAGUUCACCGAAUAAAUAAAAAAAUCAGGUACUAAUAAUUAUGAAUUGCAUCAAUAUCUGCGAUUGCAGUACUUUACUACGAUACCCGAAUAAUGGUAUUUGUUACUGAUCUGUAAUUUGUAAAUUAAUAUCCACUUCUGAAAAUGGAAAAGGUACAACAAAUAUACCAAUUGAUACGAUAGAUUAUUUAUACGUUUUACUUUACUGUUGAAUAUUAAACGCUAUUAUAUUGAAUUAAACCAUGAGUAGAACUAAUUUUAUUUCCCCUUUUUAUCCCCUUAUUAUUGUUAUCCAUGUAUAUUUAAGGGGAAGUUCACCUCCCUAAUCUUCCUCUUUCUCCUCUCUCGCUUGCCCUCGUCCUUCUCUCGUACACUUUUCUACGACGUAAUCGGUUUCUCUUUUUUCUAUCAUGUCUAUGAGAUCUAAUUUCUUCGAAUUCCAAAUAGAAUUAUCCCCGAACAUCCAUGCAAGGAAUUGCACGAAAAGCCAACAAGUUCACACUUUCUUAUAAGAAAACUGUAAAGGAAUUUUCACAUUUGGAAUGUAUAAUUUUAUUAAACAUAUCAAUCUACCACA